AUGGAGUGCGUGGUUCAGGGAAUCAUCGAGACACAACAUGUUGAGGCUCUGGAGAUUCUUCUUCAAGGACUCUGUGGUGUUCACAGAGAGCGCCUCAGGAUCCAUGAGUUGUGCCUAAAAAGCGGGCCGAAUUUAGGACUCGUUUCUUCAGAGGUGAGGCUCUUGUGCGAUCUUGAACAGCCUGAGCCAACAUGGACUGUCCGACAAGUAGGUGGUGCAAUGAGAGGUGCUGGUGCUGAGCAGAUAUCGGUGCUGGUUCGGAACACUGUCGAAAGCAAAAUAAGCAAGAAUGCACUUCGACUGUUCUAUGCUCUUGGCUACCAAUUGGACCAUGAGCAGUUGAGGGUGGGAUUUGCCUUUCAUUUUUAUAGAGGGGCUCAGAUAACUGUAACGGUCUCUUCAAUAAAUAAGAUGUUGAAGCUGCAUGCAAUUGAUGAUGCAGUUCCUGUAACUCCAGGCAUUCAGCUAGUUGAAGUCACAGCGCCUGCAUCUUCUGAGAACUAUAAUGAAGUUGUUGCUGCUGUAUCGUCUUUUUGUGAAUACCUUGCCCCGUUACUGCAUUUGUCAAAACCAGGUGUCUCAACAGGGGUUGUUCCUACUGCUGCCGCCGCCGCUGCUUCUUUAAUGUCUGAUGGUGGAGGUGCAACUCUUUAG